AUGAAAAAGGGAGGAUUAUAAAUAAACUCGAAGAAGAUCAGAAGCUUAUCACUAAUUACAAAAUUAUCCUACACAACUUAAAAGAGGAGUACUAGAGGAAACUUUAAAAAAGGGCACAAGGUCAUCCUUGAGAUAAAAAAAGGAAGAACAUCAGAAAUAAAAGAAAUUAAAAUUGAAGGACUAAUAAAAAGAGAGGAUAAGUACUUACAAUUGUACUAAAAGGUUAUCUCUUUGACUUAAUCGACCUGA